GUUGCAAUUUGGAAGCUGAAUCGCGCAGAAGUCUUUUAUAAGUAAUUCUUUUGUGUAUUAAACAUUAUUUCAAUUCUUCUGUAAACUAAUAGUUAGAAUAUUAAAAUGGGUGAUGUUACCAUUGAUUUAGUGACUAUUAGUGAGAGAAAAAGUAUUUAUUUCGACAAUCUCAGCUUCUCUGUGAAUAAAUCAGAAAAAGUUAAUAUUCUAAAAAAUCUUCGUGGUAGCUUCAAUGCAGGACGUCUCUCUGCCAUUGUUGGACCAUCCGGAGCUGGAAAAUCGACUCUCUUGAACAUCCUAUCUGGUUUAAAGAAACCAUCAAAUGAAAGUAUUUUGUUAAUUAACGGAGAAAAAGUAAACCAGAGUUUUAUUAGGAAAAACUCUGCCUAUAUUGCUCAGGAUAUUACAUUUCUGGGUAAGCUCACAACGAGGGAAACUCUGGAAUAUGCUGCGAAAUUUAAAUUACCAACAAAUACUUCGGAGAUUGCAAGAUUAACGAUUGUUGAGGAUAUUGUGCAGCUGCUUGGAAUGGAAAAGUGUCUCCACAAUCAUGUUGAAAAGCUUUCAGGAGGCGAAAGGAAGCGCUUGGCGAUUGGCGAGGAGUUGAUCACAAAUCCACCUGUGAUGAUCUUCGAUGAACCAACAAGUGGUCUAGAUAGUGUCUCCACUGUGCAGGUUGUGAGGCACCUGAAGGAUCUGGCACGAUCGGGUCGAACUGUAAUUUGUGUGAUUCACCAACCCUCGUCAUUUGUGUUAGAGCUUUUUGACGAUAUCUACGUCCUUUCUGAUGGACAGUGCCUCUACAAUGGUUCAGUUGAGGAUAUUGUUCCGAGAUUUCAAGAAGCUGGCUUCCUCUGUCCUCAGUACUACAACCGUGCUGAUUUUAUCCUCGAAGUUGCCAGUCAGCAGAGACAAGGAAACCGUGAGCUUCUACUUGUAAAAGCAAGAGAUUGUGUUAAGACACAACAAUCAAUUGCAAAUAGUUUGAGCUCCUUAAAUAUUAGCAGGAAUGGGAUGACCCCAGACGGAAGUAAGGACGAUCUUCAACUUAUAGAAAGCUUCUCUCAUCCUCUUUCUCAGUGGAAACAAUUCUGCAUUCUCCUCUCCAGAGCUUUCCUUUGCAAUCACAGGGAACCAAUGGUAACUCGAUUAAAAUUAUUAGUACACGUAUUAGCAGGGGUUCUUUUUGGUUUAACUUACUACGAUAUCGGUGGUGACGCUGCUAGGAUUCAGCCCAACAUUUGCUUAUUUUUUAUACUAAUGUCUCUCACUUUCUUCGGGAAUGCCAUUCCUAUUAUUCUACUCUACCCUUCAGAAUCGAAAAUAUUUCAUAGAGAAUUCUUAAAUAAUCGGUACACCUUCUUUCCGUAUUUCUACGCGAAAAUCUUGGCUGAUCUUCCGAUACUUCUUGUUUGUUCUUUUGCAACAUUAAUACCAGCUUACUACAUGUCAGGGCAACCUACUGAUUCCUACAGGGUAUUUUUUGUAUCAGCUUUAAUCAUCUUAUUGACCGUAAAGGCGUUUUUCUGUGGCUGUGCUGUUGGAAUUAUUUUUGGAGUUCAAAUGGGAAUAUUUAUUGUUCCUGCAGUAUCUCUGCUGAUGGUUAUGUAUUCGGGAUUUCUUAUUCGCUAUAGUUUAUUACCAUUCUAUUUGAAACCUUUGUCCUAUGCUUCCUUCAUGCGGUACUACUUUGAGGGAAUCCUACAAGCAGUUUAUGGGUUUGAUCGUGAAGAUCUGACAUGUGAUGGAAUAUCUUGCUACUUUAAAUCCCCCAAAAAGAUUCUGGAAAAUUUUGACAUUGAAGAAACCAGCUAUGUCUGGAAUUUUGUAGGAAUUUUCAUUUGGAUUGUUGUUUUAAAAUUAAUCACAAUUAUUGCACUUAGAAGGCAAGUCAAGAGGUUAAUCAGAUAAUUUAAACAAAUUUUAUAAAAUAUUCAUCUUAUUUUUUGCUUUUAAUGUUUAAUGGAAUCACUUAAACAUGGAAAGGUUUUUUUUUCGGUGAUUUUAUUUAUUUAAUUGUUUUGCUUAAUAUCACGUUCUCUGAGCUUGAAAAGAGCUUUUAAAAAAUUAAAAGCCAUAAAAAUGUUUUUUUUUCUUUUCUUUAUGAAACUUAUGAAAUAAACUAUAAAGUUAAGAAUAAAUGGUAUGAAAUAAC